AUGAGUACCGAAGAUGGAAACGCAAUAGAAUUAAAUCUAAAGAAUAAAUGUAAGGGACCAUGUACUUGCAAGUAUACUGGCAGUAUUACUGCCAAAAAAGAGGCUAAGAUUCCUAAUGUCACAGGAUUUGUUAGAUAUACCCAUGAAAUAAAUGGAGGGGGUCCAUUCACUCUCAAGGGAACGUUGGAAGGAGGUGAUACACUAGGUGAUAAUGGAACAGAUAUUACAGGUGUUACUUCGGUCUCAGUCUAUUACUGGGACGGUGAUGAGAGUGAAAAGGAUGCGAAACCUCUUAUCCUGGAGGUUGUUAAAAAUGUUAAAACUGGCAAUGAGGGAAAGGAGCACUACUACAAGUAUGAGAAAAAAGAGCAGGAGUUAGGAAAUAAAGAUGAAAUGAUUUGGAUAUAUCAUGGAAGCUCUGGAGGAUUAUCAUUACAAGAUAGACUUGAUAAUAGAAACUUGGCUAGAAAUCAACGUAUUCCAUUUGAUAUUGAGAAUCCUACCAAAUACCGCAACUUUGGUUCUGAUCGUUCAAAGGGUAAAAGAGUGCAACUCAUCUCUUUAAAGUCUCUUUACGGUAGUGAAUAUAAUGUUACAACUUACAAUAUCACUGAUAAACAAUUGAAAUUAUCCAGGGUAGACUACAGAAAAGAAAAGAUCACGGAUAUUCGAGUUCCCCCUAAUGCACUAGAUGGAAUAAGACUCUAUUCAUCAUCAGGAAUUUCAAAAGUACCACUUAUGAUUGAAUUAGCUACAAUUAGUGGUGGGAACUCCACCUUUUAUGCUAGCAAGGAUGAAAAGAGCUGGCAACCUGUUAAUGCAAAGUCAGAGGACUUUUACAAUGGUAAGGAAUUUUCUGAAAAACAACCUAAAGAGGCUCUUGCUAAUAAAUUAGAUGCGCUUGCCUGUUUCUACUACAAUUCUGUCACCAUUGAUUUGUCCUAUGAUAUAUCUACAGGAAAAGGUAACUGGUAUUGUUGUAAUAAACACAAUAAUAACAAUGAAAAGGUCCACGUUGAGCAAAAGGAAGUUUAUUGCAAGCAAGAUCGGAAUAAAAGUUCAAUCACAGCUUAUAGACAUUCCAUUAAUGGUGAACAACUUUCUGGCAUUAAAUUCUACAUUAACAGUGAUGGUUCUAAACAGAAUAGAAAACGUGUAACAUCUACCACGCUAAAAUUGCCUGAUAAGGGACCAAUUGAUGUUUACACAUUUUACUGCAAAGGAAAUAAUCCGGUAUUAGUCUAUCUGUAUUACAGAAAUAUACCUAGAAACUCAGGAUGGUACAGGAAACAGAGCAGAAAUGGUGAUAAUAGGGCUUGGAAAAGAACUGGUCCACUGGGUAGCAUUACGUUCAAUCAUUUAGAGAAGGAGGGACUUAACUGUAAACAGUGGAAGAAGCUUAUUACUGAACUAAAUAAGCAUAAUUGUGGCUUAGCAAAUUGUCCUGAAGAUUCUAAAUCUUCACCUUUAGGACGUGCUGAAGGUAGUUCUGAAGAACUAGGACAAGUAUCUCCUGGAACAGAAGAAUCUGAGGAGAAAGAAAAUGAUGAAUCUGAUGAUGAAGUAACCGAAGAAUUGACAACUCUUGGACUAGGCAUAUCAGCUAUAGCUGGUCAACUUGGGUCGCAUAUCCUGGAGGGAGUUGUCGAUAAGGCACUCCCAAAAACUUUCGGAGUAACUAAAGAUCUUAUUGAAUCUACUGCUCAGAAAUUCUGGGAUGUUCUAUCUCCUGAUGCCGAACUUAAAACACAAAAGCCUGAUUCAAUAUCUUCUAAUAUUUCUCAACAACCUAGCUCAUCUCCCCAAGUUCAUCAUCCUCAAGGUGGAACUGCUCCACCUGGACCUACUGGUCAAGCUGGUGGAGGCCCUGGUGGACAAAUUCCUGCCAAAGAACCUCAAGAAGCUUCUGAUCAAAAAUCUCCAAAGGCUGGUGCUGUUGUUAAUGAAGGAUUUGCUGACCAAGUUCCUGACACAGAGUCUGAGACUAAGAUUCUUCUGCAAGGCACUCCUGUAGCUCAAAUGGCUGAAGAUGCUAUAGAUGGUGAAAGACUAAAACAUCUUAUCAUUACUCCUUCCGGAUAUAAUGGUAAUAGUGCUGCUAAUAGUCCAUCUAGUGUAUCCUCUUCUACUCCUUCUCACACCACUGCUGAUCCUGCUCAAGCUGCUUCUCAAGAAUCUUCUACUGCUGAAGCUCUUGGUGAUCCUGUUUCUGGUGGUAUUACCGCUAUUCUCAUUGGAGCUGGUACAUAUGGUGGCCCUCUUGCCGGAGCUGGUGGUCUUACUGGACUCGGUUGGUGGGCAUUUAAACGUUCUAAAGGAGAUCCUUGGGUACAUAGUAACUAUUCCAUAAAUAUGAAGCAAUUUGAGGGAGGGAUAUUUUUUGGAAAAGCCAGAAACUCAAUAUUACCACGUGAUAAUCUUGCGACAAUUCCUCCCAUAGACAUCACUGACGAUGAACACUCCCCGGAUGGCAUUUAUAUAAAUCUGUCAACAUUUGAAUCCUAUGGAAAAGACAUGCUAUGCUACGACAAAAAUUACGAGGGUUCCAUAUACUUGCAUGCAAAAAGGACAUUUGUGCCAUUGCUUCCGGAGCAGGAAGAUGACGUUUCCACGGAUGGCGAAACAAUGUUUAAGGAGAAGAAGGUCUAUGAUGAAAUUAUAGAGUACCAAAUAUUUGCUCCGAGCAUAGGCUUCCUUCCACUUGAUAAGGCUGACGGACUACUGGCCCAGGUGGCAAAUGCUGUAAUUUGUCACAUUGGAUUUGAGUUCAAAACUGAUGAACUUAUAUGGUCUGAACCGGUGCAGGAAAGCAAGUAUGCAAGAUCUCUCGUUCAAGUAGAGAAUCCCGUGCAAAUAUCACACUCCGAUUUAAAAUGCAACCGUUGCGGGGCUACUACCAACUUGUGGUUGAAUCUUUCUGAUGGCUACAUUGGAUGUGGCCGCAAAUACUGCGACGAAGGUGGUUGUACAGAUGGUUCAGAGGGUGCUGCAAUUCUUCAUUAUCGCGAAACCGGAUCCGUAUUUCAUCUUGUCGCAAAAAUUGGAACGAUCACUACAAAGGGUGCUGAUAUUUACAGUUAUGAUGAGGAUAAUCUCGUUUCGGAUCCCCUCUUGGAUAAACAUUUGGCACAUUUUGGUAUUAAACUACAGCUCUUGGAAAAAACUGAAAAAACGACCAUGGAGUUGGAGCUUGAGAAGAACCAAAAUUAUGACUGGUCUGAUGUUAUUCCAUCGGAAAGUGUCUAUACACAUGGAAAGGGGCUUGUAGGAAUUGAAAACCUCGGCAAUAGUUGCUACCUUAGUUCAGUAAUUCAGGUCAUGGCAUCAAUUCCCGAGCUUUCCGAUUUUUUUGUAAAACAUUUCAAUGAUAUCGCAAGCAAUAUACCGCCGAAUAAAAAGGCAUGUGACGAUGUAAUUUUACAAUUUGCCAAAACUUGUGUUUCCCUCACUACUGAUAGACGUCUAGUCCAAUUUUUGGAAAAUGUAAAGGGUUAUAAGGACAAGUGUUUAGAGUUGGGAAUUCCCUACGUGGAGCCUCCAUGUCUGACAUGCAGUAUAAAACCUAGGAUGCUAAAGUACUCUCUUGGAAGGCAUAAUUCCACAUUUAGUAACAAUGAACAACAAGAUGCUGAAGAAUUUCUUAGCUUCUUUAUCGAUUUGCUAUGCAACAUGGAGAGUCAAGUAAAUGAACGAUGCAAAGGUGAUGUUCCUCUCGACCUCAAGUCGCUCUUUUUCUUUCAUACACGGCAAACGAUACUCUGUCAAGGGCUAAAGAAGAUCAAUCACACGGAUAAUGAAACACACAUUUUAUCUCUACCAUUGGUUCAAAAUUUGGACGAUUCUAGUCACGAUUCCACAUUUCCACUUACCUUGCAGGCAUGUUUGGACUUGUGGACAAAUGAUCAGGAUAUUGAUUACAUUUCGGAGACUGAUAGAAAGAGACAUCACGCAGUCCUAAAGAACAGCUUGAUUACGCAACCGAAAUAUUUGAUUCUUAAACUCGAGCGCUUUUAUCUCAAAAAGGAUUGGACCUCUGGGAAGAUCUUAAACCCCUUUAUUAUACCGGAAACGGGCAUAAAGUUUGAUUUGUACAAUGAGAAUUUAUAUAGCGGAUUGGACUAUAGUGUAGAGUAUACAAAUGGCAAAGCUACUGCGGGAGGUGGUUCAGGGACUACAGAAAAUAGUUUUGGAUCAACUGAAAAGGAUGAACCGAUUGUACAAGAUCUUGUGGCCAUGGGAUUCCCCAAACACUUGGCAAGGAAAGCAAUCGAUGCUACAAAAUCCACAGACAUUAACGUUUGCAUGGAUUGGAUAAUGAAUAAUGGCGAUUUGUGCCAAGAUGAAAGUUUGGAGGGUGAAAAUGCAAAUUCUUUGCAGACGGGGACAUCAAGUUCAGUGCAUGACAUGAAUCCAAUGGUUGAGACUUUGGUUGAAAUGGGUUUCCCUGCAGCAAGAGCAAAAGAUGCCGUGAAGCUAUUUGGUGACGACAUUUCCUCUGCCGUUGGAUGGCUAUCGGAUGAAUCAAUGGCUGUAGAGACUGUGGUACCACAGAAGAGUGAACCAGUUAUUACCAAUGAACCUCUAGUGGAGGUAGACAAGGAACCUGGUAAGUUGAGCACGGCGUCAUCAUACUCCGCAGGAACAUACGAAAUCAUUGCAUUUAUUACGCACAUUGGAGGCAACACAAAUUCCGGUCACUACUUGUGUCACGUAAAAAAGGGUCAGACUUGGUAUGUAUUUAACGAUGCAAAGAUUAGCGAAUGUGCGACUGUUCCACUGGAUUCUGGAUACAUUUACUUUUUGAAAAGGUGUAGUUAG